UAGGAUUAAAAUUUCUAUAAGAACCCACGAGGAUUCUCAGCAAACAAUGAACUCCUGAGACCAGUUGAGUCUAUUUCCCUAAUUAAAGCCAUGGAAUAUUCUCCACUGUCCAUUGUUAUUACCUUCUUUGUGUUCUUGCUUUUGCAUUGGCUAGUUAAAAUUUACAAGCAAAAAUCGAGAUACAAAUUGCCCCCUAGCCCAUGGAGGUUACCUAUCAUUGGUAACCUCCAUCAGCUAGCAUUAGCAGCUUCACUUCCUGAUCAAGCUCUCCAAAAACUUGUUCGCAAAUAUGGGCCUCUCAUGCACCUCCAACUUGGUGAAAUUUCAACCCUGGUUGUGUCCUCCCCCAAGAUGGCCAUGGAGGUGAUGAAAACCCAUGAUGUUCAUUUUGUGCAGAGGCCCCAACUUCUGGCUCCUCAAUUUAUGGUAUAUGGAGCAACAGAUAUUGUUUUCGCUCCAUACGGUGAUUAUUGGAGGCAAAUCAGGAAAAUAUGUACCUUAGAGCUUCUAAGUGCCAAGAGGGUCCAAUCUUUCUCUCAUAUCAGACAAGAUGAGAACAGAAAACUCAUACAAUCAAUUCACUCAUCCGCAGGCUCAUCAAUCGAUCUUAGUGGCAAACUUUUCUCUUUGUUGGGCACCACUGUUUCUAGGGCAGCGUUUGGAAAAGAAAAUGAUGACCAAGAUGAAUUAAUGUCUUUGGUCAGAAAAGCUAUAACAAUGACAGGAGGAUUUGAAUUGGAUGACAUGUUUCCUUCAUUGAAACCAUUGCAUUUACUGACCCGACAGAAAGCCAAAGUGGAGCAUGUUCACCAGCGGGCAGACAAAAUCUUAGAAGACAUUCUCAGAAAGCAUAUGGAAAAACGAACAAUAGGAAAAGAAGGCAGUAAUGAAGCAGAGCAAGAAGAUCUUGUUGAUGUUCUUUUGAGACUCAAAGAAAGUGGCAGUCUCGAGGUUCCAAUGACUAUGGAGAAUAUCAAAGCUGUGAUAUGGAACAUAUUUGCUUCUGGAACUGAUACCCCGGCAUCAACAUUGGAGUGGGCAAUGUCAGAAAUGAUGAAAAAUCCAAGAGUGAGGGAGAAGGCACAAGCUGAAUUAAGACAAACAUUCAAAGGAAAGGAAAUAAUACGUGAAACUGAUCUAGAAGAACUUAGUUACCUGAAGUCAGUGAUCAAAGAAACGUUGAGGUUACACCCUCCUUCUCAGUUGAUCCCUAGAGAGUGCAUCAAAUCAACCAACAUUGAUGGGUACGAUAUACCAAUAAAGACUAAAGUCAUGAUAAACACAUGGGCAAUUGGAAGAGAUCCUCAAUAUUGGAGUGAUGCUGAAAGGUUUAUCCCAGAGAGAUUUGAUGAUAGUUCUAUCGAUUUCAAAGGGAAUAGCUUUGAGUAUAUACCCUUUGGGGCAGGAAGGAGAAUGUGUCCAGGCAUUACAUUUGGUUUGGCUAGCAUUACGCUUCCAUUGGCUUUAAUACUCUAUCACUUUAAUUGGGAACUCCCAAAUAAGAUGAAACCUGCGGAUUUGGAUAUGGAUGAACUCUUCGGACUGACAGUUGUAAGGAAAAACAAGUUGUUUUUGAUUCCCACUAUUUAUGAAGCUUCAUGAUACAUGUAUUUUUUUUUAAUAGGCCAAAGGAGAUUCAAUAAGAGUACCAAUGAUAUUCAGAAUAAAAAAGUUACAGAGAAUAAAGGAACCCAAGGCGCAAAGAAACUAAAAGAAAAGCCACACAGUGAUAAUAUUUGUAGUGCAUGUCUAUUGAGAUAUCUUUACACUUUGGGGAGUCUUGUUUGAUGUAAUUUUUUGCUUGUUACUGAAUCUAUAAUCAAUAAUAUUUGACUAUCAUUACGAUGAUUUUUUUUUA